CAUACGCUUAUAAAAAAUACAAUGGCUCACCUGGAUGAAUUGAGGAACAGUCGUGCAGACCGUGAGCCGUACAAGGUUCAAUGGCUGGACUCUGCCUACCAACAGACACUCCUACCCAACGCCCCAUGGCAUCAGAUUGAGGACCGUAUAGCAUACAUUAUGGCCCAGCGUGUGGAGAAGCAGUUUCUAAAGCCGGAAAGGAAGGAGGCCCUGCUCUCACUCCUUGGGCAGGACUUCACUGAUAAAUACCUGCCAUCUGCACGCCGCAAUCCAUGGGUCUUGGAGCCUCCCUCCAUGACCCCCGGGGAGAAAGCGAAAGUGAUACGUGAUGCGCAGGCAUACCUGAACAGUCAGAUGUACAAGGCUGCCAAUGAUGUUGGAUAUGAGCACAUGACAACUCCCAACCCCUCUGGUAACCCAGCUCCAGAGUACUCUGCCUUCCUGCAGCAUUCGUUCACGGUGUUUCAGACAGGACUGGACCGGGAACUCUUCAGACAGGAGGAGGAACUCACAAAGCAGAAGAAGCAACAGAUAAACAUGGAGCGGAAAUACCAGGUGAAGAUACCUGCCCCAAGCAGACUCAAGCUCAGUGGUGUGUCGACGGCAAGCUCCGGUAGUGUUGCCUCCAGCAAGGGAAAACCCAGCACUGCAGCGAUCAAAGCUUACAAACAGGAAGAGUCCAUCCACAAGGUAGAUGGAGACCCGCCGCCCCUGUGGGGGGCCCAGAGUGACCAGAUCGGCAAGUCAGUGCUCGCUAUCCUACAGAAGGACCCUCGUAAGUUUGAUCACGUGGCUGGACGUCUACAUGGACGACAGUUGCCUGGGAGUCUACGCUCAUACAUGUGGUCAGAUGUUCUGUUCAAGGAGGAGAGGAAAAGACUGAAGGAAGUUGUUGUAGAGAAGGUUGUGCGUGAACGGUUUGCAAAGGCUCUGACCCGCGGCAUACAGGACCUGAAGAUCAACCGCUCCACCAGCUCACCUAUCAAUGGUCUCAUAGAGAAUGCUGUCAUCGAGACAUACAACAAGACGACAUGCCUGGUCCCGUAUAAAACACCAGAACAUAUGAAGGAGGCUAUCCGUACCCUGAACGUGCUUUAUGUGUAUGACCGGAGUUACGAGCCGUAUCUGAUACACUGGCUCUUCCCUCUUCAGAUAGCCUUCCAGACUCAGGCCAUGGACGGGAAGGAUGACAGGGGUGAAAAUGUGAUAGAGCUGGCCAUGUACUUGGACCUGCUCAACUCUAGCCUGUUCCCCCCCUGGCCCACUGUGUUUGCUAUAGCAGAGAAGGUCCUUUCCACUGUCCGCCAGGCUGACCCUGACUUCUAUAACCACCUCAAGGUCAUCUCAAGAAUCAAUGUCAAGGUCAACCCUAAGGAGUUCCUGGUUCACUUGAUACAUGAGGAGAAAGCAAAAGCUGAACAGCUUCUCAAGUCCACACCAGGCGGCCAGCGGGAACAGGAAAUGUCUGCCGAGCUACUGGCUGAUCCUCUCAUCUUUUUAAGGAGGUGGAUUGGAGAGGGUUUUGUGAGCGUGCUGGAUGCCCCGAGUGUGAUGUACAUCUGGGACCAGUGCUUCAUGCAGGGCUGGCACACAGGUGUCAUUGAGAACUUCUGUAUUGCCUUGUUGGAGCUGCUCAGACAUCGGUUCAUGGCUGCCAGGGACUACCAGGGUAUGAAAGAGGUGUUCCUGAAUGAAGGCUGUAAGUUAUACACAGUAGACCUUCAACAUGCCUGGAUCCACCUGGAGCGGGGGAAUGACCCUGCCGACAUUCCCUACAUGAACAGACAGCGGCCACAGGAAUCACCGACAAAGACAAAGCAGUCUCCUGUUGUCACCCCUGUAUCGCGUAUGAGCACUGCCUCAUUCCCCGCCUCGACACCAAUAGAGGGCAUCCUGUCACCGAGCGGUGCCAAGGACAUUAAACUGGAAAUGGUCAUACCUUCAGAAGUCUUAACCAGGGAGCCCUGGCUGUCUCGUGUGGAUGCCAACUCCAUCAAGGUCUCUAUGGUGCUGUAUUUUGGUGAGGUGCGUCUGCAGUCUCACACCUCCAUGAUGCCUUCCAAUGUUGUCUCAACAGCACAGGACACAUACGGAAACACCAUCUACCAGGUUGUGUAUCCAGAGGAUCGCUUUGUGUUCCGGGACAUUGACCUUGCCCCGUACGACCUUGAGCGGGAGAUGGGAUCGCACAUCUAUGCUAUUGUCCGUGUAGAAUAUCAGUUUAAUGAUCCUGUACAUAAAGGUCGUCAGGCUGUGCCAGUAGGUUGGGCGCGGGUGCCGGUGUUUCAGAGACAGAAGACAGAUGGUGCGACGUCUGUUACCUCAUUUCUUGACAUCCAGUGGGAUCUGCAGGCAGGCGAGAAAACUGUUGUCCUCCACCCUGGUGACGUGCCCGAGUCGGUCAUCUCAUCAGAGCCAGAGACACCCCAGGAUUACAAGAAGCCUGACGGUGCGAUCUUGGGCUACAAUUCCAAGCUGACCCUGAUGCUGUACGACCCCAAGAAUGAGCCAAUGGGAAAGUAUGCCCCAGUCAUACCCCAGCAGGUGCCCCCCUCUGACACUCGACAACCUUCCCCUGCACCCAGCCCCAGGAGGGUGACACCAGUCCCAGUAAAGCAGCCAACACCCAUCCAACCAACCCCUGCCCCACGACCCCAGUCUUUCUCUGAACCCUGGGUCCCCUUCAAGAAGGAGGCUGCAAAGGGUGACCCAAAACCUACGGGGCUCAAAGAUCCCUUUGACCUUUAUAUUGACAGUGUGCGCUACAUACCGGACAAUGCAUCUGUGAUAAAGGUGACAGGCCGGCUGCUGCGUACAGGAAGUUUGGGUCAAUUGGAGGACAUCCUAACCCUCCCUGAGCUCUCAAGCCCUGCCCGCUCCCCGACAUUCAACUUCCGGAUCCCCGUCAACCUUGGCAGGAAGGAGGCGGAUACCGGCAUGCUCGCUUUUAUUAGAGUUUACACUGUUGAUGUGGUUGAGGACACCGUUGGAGUAAUUGGAAGCUGUCUGGUGCCAUUCUUCAAUAAUAAGAAACUGCGUGUGGGAGGUUUCCAAUACCGGCUGCACAACGGUAUGCCAGUGUUGACCCAUGCAUCGGGAAUCGCCGCCAUCAAGCCGACUGACAUGGACACUAUUCCACCCAUGCCAGCAUGCUCUGUCCUGGUCCGCAUACUGCCGCAUAGUGAGAACCCAGCACCAUACCCUGGUUACUCGUCAGGCUACUUUGAGAGCUCGACAGCCAAACCGUCUGUGUCAGAGUACAGGAUAUUCCGGAGUUACGGGGAGCACAUGGCAUACCCCGCCACUGUGAGGGAGAUGAUACAAAGAAUCAUGGAGACUGAGGGCAUGCAGCCACAAGGUCAGACAGACACAAACUUGCUGGACUGGCUGCAGACAAGACUGGAUAUUCGUCGCCAGCUGACCCCUGGUCGACCCGCGGAGAACCUCUCCCUGGUGCGCUGUGUACGGUACAGGCUCAAGAUGGGCCUCAGUAUCAAGAUCAACCAGGUGUUUGGCAUGCAAGAGGGCAUGUACAUCCAGUGUUUUGCGCGUGUGGCCCCAGGGCAGAAGGUGUUGAGUAUGAGCCCAACCAAUGAGGGUUGGGGUGGGGAGGAGAAGUUUGUUACCCUCAAACACAAAUAUGACAGCUACCAGUCCGCCCCGGAGUGGGAGGAUGAUGCCUCGACUUUACACCCGUUCUAUGACCAGUACUCAUGCCUGGUUGUCCAGCUGUUUGGUCUGGAAGUCCAAUAUCACCCAAAGGCAAACCAUGCAGAGGUGGGCAAUGUUACAGACCUGAGGGGAAGGGCUCUCUCCCUUGAGGACGAGGACCGCAUCAUUGGCUGGGCCGUGCUGCCAUUGUUUGAAGGCAAUCAUGCUGAAAGUUACACCUGGAACUCAGUGCUGGUAGGGACCCACCAUGUGCCCGUGUUCCGAGGCAAGCCUUCUGCAGAAAUUCUCCAGCAGCUUACAGUCCUUCCAUGUGAACAGGUUCUCCAGGCUCAGACAUGGAACAACAAGAACAAAUAUAAUGCUGGGAGUAUGCAGAUCACGGUGUGGGAUUCUCACUUUGACUAUGAAGAAGUUCCAGAGCUUCCUCUGUUUGAGUAUCUGCUGGAGCCCGUUGGACGAUUGGAGGACUACCGUAAGGCACGUCAGCCGGGCUCUGGUAAGACGCUGAACCACUUCAUCCUGGACUCGCUGGAAGCCAAACACAAGAAGCAGGGAACCAAUAGCUCAGUCUUUAACAAGGAGAGGGGCUUCUUCAAGGAUCUCAUGGAGAACACCUUCUACGAGCUCAUGGAGGGUGCCCUGAUGACCGCUGGCUAUGGACCUCUCUAACACCAGCCCUGGCCAAAACUCCUAGAUACAGUAACUGUCAUAGGAAUAGGACAGGACACCUCUACAAAAAUCGACUUUAUCUGUACAAUGCUGUUAGAUUACACAGUCAGUGACAGCCGGCUAUAGAUUGCUAUAUCUGUUGUGGUCACCUAAUACCACUAGUACAUGUUUCUUCUAUAGCAUACACCUCUACUGUCAACAAGUUAUGUGUACACCACAGUUAGCACUUAAAAAAUUUGGAUCAACAAGCCCUAUUCAGACAUGAACAAGGUCUAAAAUCAAUUUACCAGUGUUAUGCAUAUUGGCUUGAACUUAGUUUAAACACUGGUACCAUGGACCAGUCAUUAUAAUGAGUCUGUUUCAGUUCAUGUUAGGUUACAUGUUUAGCUAACAGUGUAGAACGUAGGCCAACAGUAUGUUUAGUAGAAGAAACAAACAUUAUUGAUUAUUAAAUCAUGGACAAUUUCUGGCAUAGAAAUCGCAUAAUGUCAAUGUUUAUGUGUAAUGAGAUGAAUUUUUAUGUGAUGCAAUAAAAAUAAAAAUGAUCACAAUAAUUGGAUUAUUAAUACACUUAAAAUGUAGAUCAUGAAACUAGCUAGCUAGCAAGCCAAACCUGGGAACAUUGUGUCUUAGUUGUGCUUCUGUUUCGUAUGUUGGUGGAUAUGUGUGAUGAGAGUUUGUGUAAAUGUAUUAGAAUCUAUACAUGUGUACACAGUGCAUUUGUAUUAUAAUGAAAGUGAUAUUGUACUGUUUCUAAAAAUAAAUAAACUGUGGAAACUAUGA